AAGGUCUUGCGUAAGAUCUUGGGUACAAAAAUGUCCUGAGAUCUUGUACCCAUUUUUUCAAGAUCUAGUGCCAAAUCUUAACGUAAGAUCUUGGGCAAGAUCUUGGUUUCAAGAUGUUGGACUAGGGUGUAUAGACUGAGAGGACCUGAAUGGAUGUACCCCAAUAUAAAGCUAAAAAGUCCGAAGGAAUACUGGAAGUAUUUCCGAUGGAUGCGCCAUAACAGACUAUCUAUAUUCUAUAAGUUUUAUUAUCCGUAGAUGACUUUUUUAAUGUUAUAAAAAUGGACUGGUUUCUAGCGGUAUCUAUCUCCCAACGACAGAAACUUUUGUUUAGUUUUAUUUCUCUCUGCUUCAGUAAUUAUUUUUUCACUCAUUUCUUUGAAUAUUUUCUCUCUUGUGUAAAAAAUAAUUUUCUACUUUUCUCUCUUGUGAUUCGCUUAUCCAUAGAAUAUCUGACAGCCAUUUUUCCGUAUUUUGCACACACACACACACAGACACACAGCUUCAGACAGACAAUCAUUUUGUAAGACUCUAGACUAAAGUCAAGGGAAGAACGAUGAACGCCUUACUAAGAGCCUCAAAAUUAAUUUAACAAGACUUAAGAACUGUUUUCUUUUCCUUGAGAGAGGAAUGUUUUAUACUUUAGUAUCACCCUUCUAUUUUUGAUCUAUUCGUUUGAUUAAUCUUGUUAUAUUUAUUAAGCGGCGUUAACAUGCACCAUUUCAGUUCGAUUAAAUGUGCGUGUGAAUGGUGACUCUAGAAAUAUUUCGUUAUCUGUUUGAUAUACAUCUGAUUCGAGUAUUUUAUAAUAUUAAAUAUCGAUUGAAUUUACUGCUAGGUUAUUCUUAGCUUUGCUUUGAUUUGAGUACAACGUCAAAAUAAGAGUUUGUCCAUUAUAUGAUGCAACUAUUUUUAAAAAAAAUGUGUUUCUUGCGAAUAUUGAACAAAUGAACAUGACAAGCAGUAAAUUUAUUUCCAUCAUCGGUAAUUCAGAAUCUAUCAAAUUUAGACUUGAUAGCAUUCGUUCGUUUGUCGUUGGAAGAAUUUCGAUAUACUUUGGCAGCAAAGCUAUACAAAACACAAAUAGCUUAAAACUAUUUAAUUUGUAGGAUAAAUGUUAAAAUACGUGAUUUUUGAAAUAUUUUCAUUUGAUUAUUCAUCGUUGUCAAAAAUCUUCUUAAAUGAUGAGCAUCAAUGUACACAAAUUGAAUAAAUUUUGGUAAUAGUCGAUUGAAUAUUGAAUGUUUGAUAAUCAAUUUCAUUUCAAAUACACAGUUUUCGUUUGUAGUAAAAUAUUUGAAUGUUAACCAAAUCGUUAAAAAGAACAAGAAUAUGAAAUAAUCAGAAUUCCGUUUUAUUUUCAUAUUUCAUAAAAUACGCUCCUAUAGUGGAGUAAAUAGUCAUUUUUGAAGUUCAGAUUGAAGUACGCUUGCGUCAGUUUUGAACUCAAGCUUAGAUCUACAGAAAAGUUUCAUUAGAUUCAGUAUGGUUUGUUCAACAAUUUUAGCUCAGUCAAAACUGUGAUUAAUUGAUACUAUUUUUCACAGCAGAAGAUAAUUUUCUCAUUGAGUUAAAGGAAAUACUUGCGUGUGUUUGUAUUUAGUAUCUUUUUUGAGUAAAAAAAGGUUCGAUUUGAAAUCUUUUGUACAAUUAUCUGUCGUGUGAUGUAGUCUUGACGACUUUCAACCAAUGAAUCGAGUUAAAAAUUAACAUCCAAUUUUGAGACGAUCUACCGCCUCUACUUUGUACUAGAUGUUCGAAAGAUGUUCCGUUUGAUUCGACCAUGUAGCCGAUUAAUUCCUUUAACAACAAGUAAAACUGAGUAUCAUACACAAACAGCUGUAGUUACUGAGCAACCACCUAAAAAAAAUUCUGUUCGUCUACGUAAAAUUGAUGUUAAACAAUUGUUUGAUGAUAGUUCAACAACAUCACAACUGCCAUCAUCUAUAAAAUCUGAAACUCGCAAAAAGCCAACACCAAGAGAAGCCCAUGCUUCUCAUGAUAAUUUUCCUGACAAUGAUAUUAUUAAUCGAAAUAAAAUAAAUCAACAAAAAAUAUCAUCAAAAAAGUAUCCAUCAUCGAAAGUGAAUUUGACGGGUGAUGUUUCACAACGACUAGAAUCUAUUUUACAUGCAUCACCUCUCUCAACAACCGAUAAUUUAUUUGAAUCACCAGAACAAGAUCAAAAAGAACGACGACAACAACAACCUUAUCAAGAAAAACAACAAGAUGAACAACAAAAGUUUUCUGACUCUUCACAACAACAAUCGGCAACUCAACAACGUUCUGGAUCAUUAACUGCAAUGAUUAGACAAUCCACUAAUAUCAAUGAAUUAUUAAGUAUUUUUGAUAAAUACAUUUUACCAGUAGAAUUUGCUAUUGGCUUACAAAAAUUGUGUGAUUUGUCAAGCGGAGAUCCAGAUGUACUUAAAAUAUAUUUACAAUCAGAUGAUUCAAGAACAAGAAUAGAAGGAUUAUUAUUAUCAUUUCUUUCUAAAUUCACUGAUCCAGAAGUGGUAACAGCAAUUAAUUUUCUAAUGAAAUUUUAUAUUGAAGAUAAUGAAUUUACUGAAAAAGUAUCUGUGGGAUUAUCAGCACGUUUACGUCGAAUAACUGUUCACCAGAUUGUUCGUAUACUUGACUUAUUAAAAUUACAUCGUCAUACAGCACAAUGGUUACAUCAUAUUUAUAAUCGUUUAUUAACAUUAGCUGAAGGUCGAUAUUUUGAAUUUGAUAAUAUUCGUGAUAUAUUAGCUAUUACAUACAAAUUAUCAUAUAAUGAUCGUUUGAUAAAUCGUCUCGAUGAACGAAUUUUAGAAAUAGCUGAAACAUUAACUUAUGAUGAUUGGUAUAAAAUUUUAAUUAAUAAAUCAAUGUUAAAACGACGUGAUCGUACAAUAUUGCGUGCAGCAUGUUAUCAUCUACUAAAAUCACCUAUAUUACCAUUAGAUAAAAUAAGAGAUUCAUUAUUUGCUUGUUCAAUGUUAAGUAUACACGAUAAAAUAUUUUUAGAAAAAUUAAUUCAAGAUGCUUAUCAACAAGCAAAUGAUAUUAAUGAUCCAUUUAUGCUUCAUUCAUUGGUAACAUCAAUGGGUACGUUACGUUUACGUCACUGUGAAUUAUUGGAUCAUCUCGGUACAUUACUUGUUGAAAAUAAUCAUGUAUUUGGUACAAGUCAAAAAUGUUUACAUUCAUUUAUUCGUACAUGUGCUGCCGUCAAUUAUAAUUCAACAACACUAUUAGAUUCUCUUAUUACUGAUAAUAAAUUAAAUUUAAAUGAAAAUACAGUAUUAGCGGAUAUGACUGAACAAACACCUACAACAAGUUUAACACAAGUCGAUGCUGAUAGUAUUCAUAAUAAAAAUAAAAUUGAUUUAGUUUGGUCAUUGGCUAUUUUAAAUCGAGCUACUCCAGAACAUGUAUCAACUGUUCUAGAACAUUAUACAUUUCAACAUGUACAAAAUGAAAUAGCAAAUUCAAAAAUAGCCAGUGCACUCAAACUUUUAUCUAUCUAUUCGUAUAGUUUACAAAAAUUUUCAAGAAAAUUUUUGAAACCACCAUUUAGUGUUGAACAUUUAGCUCAGCUAACAAUGAAAAGUUCAAAUAUUCAAGAGCAAUUAGCUAAAGCGGUAACAACAUUCGCACCAGAAAAUAAAUUUUCAAAAUUUAGCGUUAUUACAUCGAAUAUGAUUGUUAUUGAUUGUUUGAUGGUUGUUGAUAAAACUGGACAACCUCAAGAUUUAAGUACAAUAAUAACUGGUGAUUCAAAUAAUCAAGCAUUUAAUAAAGUUCGGAUAGAUGAAAAUCGAUUUAAAGUAGCAAUAAAAUGUUUAGAUUAUCAAGAUAAAACAUUAAUAACAAAGUCAAUAUCGGGAUCGAUGGCAUUACAAUAUAGGUUAUUAACGGCACUGGGAUACAAAUGCGUUCUGAUUGAUUAUGCUGAAUUUUCUCAGAUUCAAUUGCCUGCUGAUCGUGGACAAUAUGUGCAAAGAAAAAUUAAACAAAGUAUAAACGUUAAUAAUACCGAUACACAAAUUUCGCAAUAA